AUGACGAUGCCCCUGCCGCCCCCGCCGACGACGCGCGUGGUGUCGCUGAAGAAAGCGCCGGGGUCGAAGAGCACGGCCGCGACGCUGCGGUCGCUGUACCCGCGCGCGGCCCGGGCGUUCCUGCACAGGGACAUAGCGCUCACGCACUCGCUCAUCACCUCUGCGCUCGUCCUCCUCUCCUCCGCACAGCCAGGCUCAGACGCUCUCGCGGAACACAGGCGGAAAUGGGAUAUUCUGCGGCUGACGCUCGAGGUCACGGUCUACACCGCGCCGCCGGAGGACAGCGCGAGCAUACCGGCCCCACUGCGCUCGAACGCCAUGCUCUCUGGCGCCUCGCUCAUCUCAACGCUGCACGCACGCAGCGUGCAGUUCUUCACGCCGUAUGACGUCGCCAGCCACGAUGCAGCUUACUUGCCCGGACCGGUCGUGGUUACUCUCGCCACAGCUAGCGUCAAAAUCAACGCGCCGGCUAUCGGCAGGAAUAUCGUGGAGGAGUGGCUUGCAAGGAGGAGUCAUGUUAUUUCUUCCCAGGCGCCCGGGGACGAAGGAUACGAUAAAGUGCUGGAGGUCUACUGCACGAGCAUCUUGCCCGCUUUGGACGAGUGGGAGUACGCGGCCGAAUUCUUGCACUAUGAGACAGAGAUGGACCCAGAAACCAAACAGCGUCUGGUGUUAUCCCUGUCAGCCCUACAUGCGCGCCACAUCGCCGCCCAAGAAGCCGCGCGGAACGCCGCGAGCGCGUCCACCUCUGCGCCUUCUUCGCCAUCAGCAUCUUUUUCGCCAUCAGCUUCCCGCCCAUUAUCGCCCUCCUCGUCCUCGUCGAGUCUAUCGACGACUUCGACACAUACGGCCGUACCUGCGACACCGAAGGGACGGGGGAGUAUCUCCACCAAUGGACUUACGCCACUGUCGCCUGUGCCGAGGAAGCCUCAAGAUGCUUCUAAUGUGCCGUCGGCUGCUACUUCGCGGACUGUGACGCCUGUGUCCUCUGCAAAACGAGUUGCAAGACCGCCAUCCUUCCGCGUACCGUCAACUUCCAACGGACACGCAAACAUGAACGGCGCCCCAACACAGCUCGUACCCGCGCAAACGACUUCACCACCUGGGAUGAUCGCCCUUCUCCGCACCGCAAUCCGACCAUAUCUCGCACACGGCCUAUCACUAUCGCACCUCGCAGCUGCACUAGCAGUCGUACUCAUCCCACUGCUCUCCUUGGUGUUCCGACUACGAAGACGAUCGUCCUCUGCAACGCCUUCGGCCGCUGCCGUAUCAGAUGUUAGGAGAAGGCUGGGCCAGGGACAGGCGAGAGCGGGUGUAUUCCGGACGCUUUGGGAGGAGAGUUUGAGGGCUGUGGUUGAUACCGUCAGGAUGGGCGGGAGAGGGCUCGUAUGA